AUGGUUCUUUAUAUUCUGGCCCGUCUUCCUCCUGUGGUUCUUUAUAUUCUGGCCCGUCUUCCUCCUGUGGUUCGUCAUGGUCUGGCCCGUCUUCCUCCUGUGGUUCGUCAUGGUCUGGCCCGUCUUCCUCCUAUGGUUCUUUAUAUUCUGGCCCGUCUUCCUCCUGUGGUUCGUCAUGGUCUGGCCCGUCUUCCUCCUGUGGUUCGUCAUGGUCUGGCCCGUCUUCCUCCUGAGGUUCGUCAUGGUCUGGCCCGUCUUCCUCCUGAGGUUCGUCAUGGUCUGGCCCGUCUUCCUCCUGUGGUUCUAUAUAUUCUGGCCCGUCUUCCUCCUGAGGUUCGUCAUGGUCUGGCCCGUCUUCCUCCUGUGGUUCUAUAUAUUCUGGCCCGUCUUCCUCCUGUGGUUCGUCAUGGUCUGGCCCGUCUACCUCCUGAGGUUCGUCAUGGUCUGGCCCGUCUACCUCCUGAGGUUCGUCAUGGUCUGGCCCGUCUUCCUCCUAUGGUUCUUUAUAUUCUGGCCCGUCUUCCUCCUGAGGUUCGUCAUGGUCUGGCCCGUCUUCCUCCUGAGGUUCGUCAUGGUCUGGCUCUUCAGGUUGAUCGCCAAGCCGGAUCAUGUCAUUUUCUGGAAUGA